UCAAAAUUAUAGUUUUGUUGCCGGCAUAGAUUCCGUCCGUCACAGUCGGUGAUCGGGAAACCUUAGAGCUGCAAAUUUCGGUACAGAGAGAGAGAGAGAGAGAGAGAGAGAGAGAGGGGAAUGGCGCAGCCAAGCAAAGAACCUUGCAAGAAAGAGGCUUGCGAUAUCCAAGCUUGUCUUUCGAAGAACAAUUUUCUUCCUCAAAGGUGCAAGAGAGUGAUAGAACUGUUGCAGGCUUGUUGUGAGAGAUGCAAAUACGAGUCCACACAUUGCGGAUCUGUUGCUGGGCUUCUCAAGCAAAUCAGCAAGUGAGUAGUGAGCAAACCCCAUAUCCAUUAUGUUCUCCUCCGACCGGUCAUGACUUUAACCAAGAAACAGAAGUUGUAACUCGCAGUAAUUGUACUUGGAAGGAUUUGAUCAUAUCAUAGUUGAAACAUGUCUUGAUGGGUUCACUCUCUA